UGCAGAUUUUAGGCGCUGACAACGAAAGGAGCACUUCCUCGGCGCUCGUCAUUAAAAUUGUUGGAGUCUCCAAUGCUCAACCCCCAUACAAAAGCGCCGCGCCAACGUGUGCACACCACACAUGUACAGAUGACGCGGCUAUAACGGAGCUACCUCCUGGAUGGCUGCUGGAGAUGGCUCACCUGAGCCAGACGACGACGAAAAGCUGGAAACCCAGCCCAGCAAUGCCCCCGAGCCUCCAGAUCCGACGCGCGAGACGGACGAGUCCGAUGAUCAUGAGGACGAUGAGGAAGAAGAGGAGGAGGAGGAGGAGGAGCCACGACUGAAAUAUGCUACCUUGACCAAGAAUGUCAGCCCAAUAUACCGCAACGGAGACGCUACAAGCACCUUCCUCGUGGCAGGGGACAAAAUGAUUGUUGGGACGCACAAUGGCAACAUCCACGUCUUUUCAUUACCGUCCUUCAGUCCGCUUCGGGUGUAUCAUGCACAUACGGCAAGCGUGUCUGCGAUCUCCAUCUCGCCAUUCAUUCCACCGAUCUCAAUCUUACGCCCCGAUAUACCCCAGAAGUCUACGGCAGAGUCUGCGCCUAUCAAUGACAGGACGCCUGCAAGCUCCCCUGCGCCGAGAGGCAAGCAGCAACAGCAGCUGCCCCCUAUACCAAACAUACCCUCAAACCAGAUCUACAUAGCUACUUCCUCUAUCGACGGAAAUGUCUGCGUCAGUUCAUUGCUUGACCCACGAGAUGUCCAGCUGCGCAACUUUGGACGACCUGUGCAGAGUGUUGCCCUCUCGCCAGAUUACAAGUCAGACAGGAAUUACUUGUCAGGAGGUCAAGCUGGAACGCUGGUCUUGACCACUGGUGGACAAGCGGGCAAGAGCGCGAAUGCAACCACUACAGGCGCUGCAGCUGCCGCCUCUGGAUGGUUCGGUUCGAUUGGUCUUGGUGCCAACACAGGAUCAGAUAAAGUGUUGCACAGUGGUGAGGGCAUCAUCAGCACUAUAAAAUGGUCAUUAUCCGGAAGAUAUGUCCUGUGGGUCAACGAGCAAGGCAUUAAGAUAAUGAGGUCAAACAUAAAGCUUGAAAGCCAUGAAUCAGGGUUGGAGUGGAAGCGUAUCAGCCAUGUUGACAGACCUACUCGGCCGGGCUGGGAAGACAUGGCAGGAGUCUGGAAAGCACGUGCCGAAUGGAUAGAUUGGGACAGUCUAGACGUUGACGACGAUUCGCCUCAAAGCGGCGCACUCUCCCUGUCAACUAAUGGGACAGCUUCGAAGCCAGGUCUCGAGAGGGCCAGACUGGAGGAAGUACUGGUUGGCUGGGGAGAUUCAGCAUGGAUCAUUAAAGUCUACCCUGGAUCUGCAGAGGCUGGGAGCGAAAACAAGACUGGACGCGCAGAGGUCGCUACGAUUAUACGAUUUGAUGACUGUACAAUAUCUGGAAUUUCGCUAUAUACCCCCAGCCUGCUUUUAGUCCUUGCGCACAUGGAGAAAAGAGGGUCUCAGUCCACUUCACAGAGUAAUGAAGGUACUAGGAAGGGCCGCCGCACAAGGCACAAUGCAUUGGAGCCGGAGUUGCGAUUGAUUGACGUCAACACUAAGGAAGAAGUCGACACAGAUACUCUCAGUGUGAGUAGGUUCGAAAGUCUAUCAGCUUCAGACUAUCAUCUGGGUGUGCUUCCACCCAUCCGAAUACCGGCCGCUCUCGCCCAGAAAGGAUAUCUUGGAGCACUUGGCUCCGGAAUGAACACAGUUGGUACCAGCCUCUACACGGGAGUUGAGACGGUUGGUCAAGGCGUUUGGGAUGCGACGAUGUACGGACCACGGAUCUUAGGUGCUGGACGGAUGUUUAGUGGUGCCGACAGUAUUAGGAGUGGCAGUGGCACGAGUGGUCCCGACAGAGCUGCGAAUGCAAGAGAACGAAAUUAUCUGACGGGCUGGCUCCCUGGGCUCAGCAGCAGCGACACGACUGCUCGUGAAGAUGACACUCACUUGGCAACUGCACAAGGCAUGAAGAUAUUUAUCUACAGCCCCUACGACUGUAUCGUUGCAGUCAGACGCAAUCUCAAUGAUCGAAUGCAUUGGCUGAUCGGCGUGAAGCGGUACCAGCAAGCUUGGGAACUGGUGGAUCUGCACCCUGAGGCGGCAGGUCUCUCGAGUGAAGGUUCUGAAGCGUCCACACCGCCAACUCCAUCGAAGGCAAGUUCUACCGCUAAGUCUGGUGGUGCUCUUGCAAAUGCAGUCGAUGCGCGCCAACAAGCCACGUUAGCAGAGUUUUUCGCCGACAGCACCUCCAUCACCAGUUCGGCGCAAGGGAAGAAAAAGCAUAAGUUCUCAGCAGCUGAGAAGGAGAAACGUCGGAUUGGCGAGCUUUGGCUGAAACAGUUGGUCAAUGCCCAGGACUGGUCUACAGCUGGAGAGGUGGCUGCAAAGGUGCUUAAUACCACGUCUCGAUGGGAGCACUGGAUAUGGCUCUUCGUCAAAAACCAAAGAUUCGACGAGAUAUCGCCGCACGUUCCGACACUGGAACUUACGCCUCCAUUGCCAUCGUCGAUUUUUGAGAUAAUCCUUGGACACUAUGUGGAGGAUGACAGAGGUCGGUUCAAAGAAUUGAUUGAUCAGUGGCCUUCGGAUCUCUUUGAGAUUAGCAGCAUCACUGCAGCCAUCGAGGACCAACUCCGUUCGGGGACGGCAUCUAAAGGCUCCGACGAAUGGAGGUUGUUACAAGAAUGUCUGGCGAAGUUGUUCCUUGCCGAUGGACAUUAUGACGAGGCCUUGAAGUGCUAUAUCAGUCUCCAAGAUGCGGAUACGGCCAUGUCGCUCAUCAAAGAUCAUCACCUUGUUGACGCCAUUGCCGAUGAUAUACCAAGUUUCGUGCUGCUCAGGGUGUCGCAAAGCCAAUUGAAGUCUGCGUCGGUUGACGAACUGGACGACUUGGCGUCUGACCCAAUUCAACUGCUCGUCUCCGAGGCCACUGCCGGGGUGGUGGACCCUGAAGAAGUGCUCACACAGCUCGACAGCGCUCCGUUGAAGCCCUUCCAGUAUCUUUAUCUUCGGGGCUUGUGGCGAGGCGAAGGCACGGACGAUAGCGCAACAGGUCCUCGUGUCGGCCAUUCAGCAGCAGCAAACGCGCUAGCGGUUGAUGCAGGCAAACAAAUUGUUGAACAGUCCGCAGACACAGCAGUCGAACUAUUCGCCGAAUACAACCGUGCAUUGCUGAUUGAGUUCCUGCAAGCGUCGACAGCAUACACGUUUGAAAAGGCCGUCAAAAUAUGUGAAAAGAAACACUACGUGGAAGAGCUGGUCUAUUUAUUGAGCAAGACGGGCCAAAUGAAGAAAGCAUUGUUUCUCAUCAUUGAUGAGCUGAGAGACGCUUCUAAAGCCAUCGCGUUCGCCAAGGAACAAGACGACAAAGGCCUUUGGGACGACUUGCUGGAAUACAGCAUGUCCCGGCCACGGUUCAUCUCAGAGUUGCUUGCAGAAGUUGGCACAGCAAUUGACCCAAUCACCCUGGUCAAGAGGAUACCGUCCGGUCUUGAAGUCGAAGGCUUGAAGGACGGCUUGAGGAAAAUGCUGCGGGAGUACGACUUGCAGGACAGCAUUAGCACUGGGGUGGCCAAAGUAUUGAGUAGUGAAGUGGCCAUUGCAAUGGAGACUUUACGAAGGGGUAGGAGAAAAGGCAUCAAGUUUGAGGUGGUUAGCACUACACACCAUCGCAAGCAAGCUGCUGUCCAAGAUGUGGAGCAGGUCCAGAACGGGGAGGAGGAAGAAAAGGCCGUGCCCGGAAGCCGUGUCGAACCAGGUCAUUGCGCGUCAUGUUACAGGGCGUUCAACCAGGAUGAGAAGGAGACAUUGGUUGGGUUCGCGUGCGGACAUGUCUACCAUGUAUCACACCUUCUGCAUGGACCUGAUGCCGAAGGAGACGAAACGCUUCUGCCGGAAAGUGCUAAGGAUCGGGACGGCGAAAAUGUCGAUGAAGUCAGAUUUUCGAGAUCAGUGGCGCCUAAGGUCACUAAUGCACGAUUGCUGAAGGACAAGAUACAAGCUGUGGGCGGGUGUGCGAUAUGCAAGGAGUCGAGAGAGCGGGUUGAAGAGGUUGGUGGAGGAUGAUGAGAUGGACGAGGAAUGCUAUCAGUGUAUAUCAACUCUUUACAGUUUUGUGCUCGUCACAACGCCGAAGAGUUAUGCUUGAGCUUCUCAAGAUAUAAACCAGGUCGCUGGCCUUGUCGCACACAGUGCCACAAGCAAGGGCUUUGGGACACUAAACCACGCCUGUGUCAGAUGAACCAUCCAUCAUCGUCGCCACGGGAAAGAACACCGAGACC